GUCAGCAAAUAGAUUUGGCUGCAGUAUGGCGGACAAAAGAACGAACACUUCCAUCCCGAAUGGUUUUACAGGGGAAGCAAAUCCGCAUUUUUUUAAUCUGAAAGCGAAACCUCCCACUUCUCUGGAACGGAAGCUUGGACAACUCUCUGAAGAGAUAAUCAACAAAUUCUUUGAAAAUGGUUACGUCAUUGUGGAAAACUUUUUCAAACCAGAGGAAUUGGACCCCUGUAAAGAAGCAAUCAAUGAUAUGUUAGAUGAAAUGGCACUGCAGUUUUUACAGAAAGGAAAGAUCAAAGAACUUUACAAAGAAUAUGGUUUUUACGAGAGGCUGUCCAAGAUUGAGGAUGACUUCCCGGGGGCAAACAUCGUCCUACAUAAGCUGGGAAAACUUCCACAGGCUUUCAAAGAUGUAUGGACAAACGAACGCCUACUGAACGUCAUUGAACAGCUUAUCGGUCCAGAAAUUGCUGGCCAUCCGGUAUGGAACCUUCGAACGAAGACACCCCAGAACGAGGCUACUACUGUGCCGUGGCACCAAGAUAGCGCCUAUCUGGACAAUGACUCUUACAGCGUGUUACAGCCGACAGCCUGGAUACCUCUGAUAGACGCUACAGCAAAAAACGGAUGCAUGCAG